CAACAGCGCAGGCGGGAGCGAUGUGAUGCGCUGUGGGAGGAGGGGCCAGUGCCGCCAGCUCCGUGGGAAGGGGGGCAGCGCGAUACGGUGGGGGUGGCGAGGCGGUAACGGCCGCUCCGCCAAGGGAGAGGGAGAGGAGGAGGAGGAGGAGGAGGCGGUGUGCGGGCAGCGGGCCGUGCAGCCCGGCCUUUCUCCCAUGUCCCGGGGAGCCGCGGGGCGGAGCGGGCGGGGCAGCCUGUCGCUGUGAGGGAAGGUGUUGCAUGCCGCCGGGGAGCGGAGGGGGACGAUGCGCGAGUAUAAGGUGGUGGUGCUGGGCAGCGGCGGGGUGGGCAAGUCGGCCCUGACCGUGCAGUUCGUCACCGGCACCUUCAUCGAGAAGUACGACCCGACCAUCGAGGACUUCUACCGCAAGGAGAUCGAGGUGGACUCGUCCCCCUCCGUGCUGGAGAUUCUGGACACGGCCGGCACCGAGCAGUUCGCCUCCAUGAGGGACCUGUACAUCAAGAACGGACAGGGCUUCAUCCUGGUCUACAGCAUGGUCAACCAGCAGAGCUUCCAGGACAUCAAACCCAUGAGGGACCAGAUCAUCCGCGUCAAAAGAUAUGAAAAGGUUCCUGUGAUUUUGGUUGGUAACAAAGUUGAUUUGGAAAGUGAGAGAGAGGUAUCAUCCAAUGAGGGUCGAGCCUUAGCAGAAGAUUGGGGAUGUCCUUUCAUGGAAACCUCUGCUAAGAGUAAAACAAUGGUGGAUGAGCUCUUUGCAGAAAUUGUGAGACAAAUGAACUACGCAGCCCAGCCAGAUAAGGAUGACCCUUGCUGCUCUGCGUGCAAUAUACAAUAGCGUUCGUUUGAUUAAAUGAAAAACAAAAUCUAGUUAUACAUGACUAUUUUCACAGCAAUGGAUAUAAAGACAACUUUUAUUUUUUUUUCCUUUUUAACAUGGUUCAUCCAAAGAAAAGCAUUGACAGAGCCAUCCACUGUCCAAGUGCUGAUUAUCACAGCUAACCGAAAUUAACAUAUUUUAUCCUUGUCAUCUGUGAAAUUAUACAAACUUUCAAGCCUAUGACCAGAAAUGUGAAUCAUAGCAGUUGCCAAUGUCCUCAUCCUCAAUUUCCCAUACAUAAGAAGUACAAUUAGUGCAACAUGAAAUACAACAUAACUUAGGAAUCCUCAAAAUACAUAGACUAAAUAUAUAUAUAUAUAUAUAUAUUUAGUCUUUCAGUUUAUCGUACCUAUGUAGAUAUAUAUUUCCCACACACAGCUUUAUUGUAUCUGACAAAAAGACAUGAAUUCUGCGCCUUUUUAUUUUGGUUUUAAGGUGGAUGAAUAGUGUGUAUGUGCAGAAACUUGUAUCUCUUCUUUCACAAUACUCCAAUCUAACAAGAAAUAAAUGUCUAGCACAUGAACGUUAAGUACACAAUAUAACACUUUUCAAAUGAAGCCAGAAGCAUUUUUAAUACACACACAGGCUGAUUUGUUUGGAAAAGAGCAAUGUUGCAUCCUAGUGCUCUUUGUGUUAGGGCUCAGAGAGAGCAGAUAUUCAUUUUUAUGUAAUGUUUACUAAAAAAUUAAGGACAUCUAUACUUCUGAAACUCCAUUAUACCAAUGUUUUGGCUUUGUUUUGUUUAGCUUAAUGGUUUGUCUAAAAUGCUUAUUAAACAUGAGGAAAUGUUGACCA